AUGGGUAUUCUCAUGGUCAUGAAACUGGGUGGAAGAGAAGCCUUGACACAGGCCAUGAUCAUCGUACAGGUUUCGGUUUUGUAUGGCUACCCCUUCAGGAAGCGCGCACCAAGCUAUUUCGCCCGCGCUUUCGAGCUCAGCCGUGCCUUCCUGUACAAAUGGACCGUAAAUUGGCGCUUCGUCCCGGAAUCUACGUUCCUCUCACGCCCUUUCGCCAUUGGCUUACUCGCUCUGCAUGUUGGCCUCCUCAUCUGGUACGCGCGAACCCGCUGGAUCAAGCCCUCGAAGCGCAAUGUCAAAGAAUUCCUUAAGCUCUGUAUUCCAGCUAUUGAGCCUCGGGAUCAGGACACCAUGUCCAGCAAAACCACCCCAGAUUUCAUUAUGACGACGAUGCUGACCGCGAUGACCAUUGGCUUACUGUGCGCGCGUAGUCUACACUACCAGUUCUACGCGUAUGUCGCGUGGUGCACGCCGUUCUUGCUGUGGAAAGCAGGGUUCAAUCCAGCCGUGGUAUAUGCAUUAUGGGGCGCGCAAGAAUGGGCGUGGAAUGUGUAUCCGAGUACAUCGGCAAGCUCGGCGACGGUCGUGGGCGUUCUAGCGAUUACGGUCGCGGGCGUAUGGUGGGGAACGAGGAAGGAGUACGAGGGCGUGACGAAGGGUAUAAUUGAGGAGGACCAUGCGCACGCCGAGUGA